UCCGACUCUCUAGGCCUGCAACCGCGGCGGCGCGCUGGGGAAGCACCGCCCAUUGGGGCGCCGCGGAGCAAGGUGGGAAGCAGAGGGAAAUAUGGCGGAUAGCGAAGAACCGGAGAAGAAAAGAAGGAGGCUAGAGGAGCUGCUGGCGGAUGGAAUGGCUGUUGAUGGUGGGUGUGGGGACACUGGAGACUGGGAAGGUCGCUGGAACCAUGUAAGGAAGUUUCUCGAGCGAUCUGGACCAUUCACACAUCCUGAUUUCGAGCCAGGCACUCAAGCUCUUGAUUUUUUGUUGAACACAUGUAAAGUGCUGGUUAUUGGAGCAGGAGGAUUAGGAUGCGAACUCCUGAAAAACCUGGCACUGUCUGGCUUCAGACACAUCCAUGUAAUUGACAUGGAUACUAUAGAUGUUUCUAAUCUGAACCGACAGUUUCUAUUUCGUCCGAAGGAUGUUGGGCGACCAAAAGCAGAAGUUGCAGCAGAAUUCCUAAACAACCGCAUUCCCAACUGUGCUGUUGUAGCAUAUUUUAAAAAGAUUCAAGACAUGGAUGAAAGCUUCUAUCGACAAUUUCAUAUUAUUGUUUGUGGGCUGGACUCUAUAAUUGCCAGAAGAUGGAUAAAUGGCAUGCUGAUGUCAUUUUUACACUAUGAAGAUGGUGUACUGGAUCCAAGUUCCAUCAUACCUUUAAUCGAUGGAGGGACAGAAGGUUUUAAAGGAAAUGUUCGUGUGAUUAUUCCUGGUAUGACAGCCUGUGUUGAAUGCACGCUUGAGCUUUACCCACCGCAGGUCAAUUUUCCCAUGUGUACAAUUGCGUCUAUGCCCAGGCUACCAGAGCACUGUAUUGAGUAUGUCAGGAUAUUGCAGUGGCCCAAGGAGCAACCUUUUGGAGAAGGUGUUGCGUUGGAUGGAGAUGACCCUGAACAUAUCCAGUGGAUUUACCAGAAGUCAUUAGAAAGAGCAUCACAAUUUAAAAUUAAAGGUGUCACAUACAGACUCACCCAAGGGGUGGUUAAACGAAUUAUUCCAGCAGUAGCUUCUACAAAUGCAGUAAUUGCAGCUGUUUGCGCCACUGAAGUUUUUAAAAUAGCCACAAGUGCAUACGUUCCUCUUAACAACUACUUGGUGUUUAAUGAUGUGGAUGGAUUAUACACACACACAUUUGAAGCUGAGAGGAAGGAGAACUGUCCAGCUUGCAGCCAACUUCCCCAAAACAUAGAGAUUUCCCCAUCAGCUAAACUGCAGGAGAUCUUGGAUUACUUGACAAAUAAUGCUUCAUUGCAAAUGAAAUCUCCUGCAAUCACAGCAACUAUGUAUGGGGGAAAUAAAACACUUUACUUACAGACGGUAGCUUCAAUUGAAGAACGUACAAGGCCAAAUCUUUCCAAGACACUAAAAGAAUUGGGGCUUGUGGAUGGCCAGGAACUUGCAGUUGCUGAUGUUACUACACCACAGACUAUGUUGUUCAAGCUUCACUUUACCACUUAAUUUAUUCAUAAGUAAACUGCAUAUACAGUGAGAGAAGUCUGCACCCACCGUGUAAAAUAAACGUGCCCUGUGGGUGCUAAAGCAGCCUGAAUUGUUCCUGUUAGUACUAGCAUUGUUGGAAUGCAGAUGAAUCACCAUGUUUCAGAAUUGUAUGCAGAAGCCAAUAUUUGGUGGGUUAUAUUUGUAUAAAUGCUUAUUAAUGUACAGAAUUCUGAUGUAUAGGAAUACAGUUUUUUCCAGUUUUCGUUGUCAAAAUCUUAGUGUUAGUAUACUUUCAGAUACAUGGAAACUUUAAGGUGGCCAAACCUCUUAUUUUCAACACGUGUGCAUAUGUAUAUGCGAAGAGAUGACCCUUUAAAAGGCAGCACAACAAUGUGGUUUUAAAUCGUAGCACUCCGGUACACUUUGUGAAUUACCUUGAAACCAGAAGAGGCUAGUAGAUUAAAAUGAGCAUUUUCCUCUUAUUUGGUAUUGAUUUGAUCAAUUCUAUGAAAGGUGUCAAGUUUGGAAGAUAUUACUUCGUUUACAAGCAAACGUGAAAGGACAAAACCAUACCUGGAUACACGGACACAUCUUGCAGUCUCCAAGCAGCUGCUGUGCACAGCAUUGCAGGAUUGUUCAAGUAUCAUUGGUGCUGUUAAGGUAUUUAUUAA